CAGAAUUAAUUCUCAUGUCAGCAGAAAACUCAACCAUCACAGUCCGUCUUGUUCGCUCUUUCGAACACCGGAACUUCAGACCUGUGGUGUAUCAUGGAGUUAACUUGGACCAGACAGUAAAGCAGUUCAUUACUUUUGUGCGGAAGGAUGUGCCUUCAAGGACAGGACUUCCUCCUCCUUUCAAAAAUUACAAGUAUGAUACAAUGAAGAUUAUUCACCAAGCACACAAAUCUAAGACUGGUGAACUUGUAGUGAGUUUGGAAGAUGAUGACAAACUGAUUUUGAAAGAAGACAGUACGCUGAAAGCAGCUGGAGUAGCAAAUGAGACUGAAUUAGCAUUCUUCUGUGAGGAAGAUUACAGAAACUACAAAGCUAAUCCUGUUUCGGCCUGGUGAAGAUCCCAAGAGAUUGUUUUGUUUUCCCAUACCUGUUGUAAAUUUUCCUUAUUCUGCUUAAUGAGAUUUUUCUUAAAGAUCAAUAAAUCCUAGAGGAUUGCUUUGCAAACAGUGCAAUUCCUAUAGAAAUUAAUUUCUGUCAAUAUGCUAAGACUGAGAGAAG